UCUUUUCCAUGGAAGCCACAAGGCCCACAACCCUAGUGGGAUUUGAGAAAACCUGGGUGUAAAUCUCGACUAGUCGGAGUUUCUAGCUUCAGUCACCGGACGUUUAGAGUGAGUGAUCUUAAGCAGGUGGUGUAGUUCACCAGAGUCUGUUGCUUCUCCUGUACAGAUGGGUUGGAAAGCGGCACAAAAGCUUAUACAGAACUGGAAGAUUGUCAGAGGCGACAAUGUGAUGAUAAUAAGGGGCAAAGAUAAAGGCGAGACUGGUGUGAUCAAGCGUGUCAUUCGCUCUCAGAAUCGUGUUAUUGUUGAGGGAAAAAAUCUGGUGAAGAAACAUAUCAAACAAGGACAAGGUCAUGAAGGUGGAAUCUUUACAGUAGAAGCCCCUCUUCAUGCCUCAAAUGUGCAAUCUCUUGACCCAGUUACAGGGAAGCCUUGUAAGGUUGGAAUCAGAUACCUAGAGGAUGGUACCAAGGUAAGAGUUUCAAGAGGUCAAGGAGCAUCAGGAGCCAUAAUUCCCCGUCCGGAGAUUUUAAAAAUUAGGACCACUCCAAGACCUACUGUCGCUGGUCCCAAAGAUACUCCGAUACAACUUGUUAUGGAGAAGACAUAUGAUGCUAAAAGUGGAAAGGGUGUGCCUGACCUUUAAGAAG